GCUUCGGUACGAUGUGUACGGAAGUACGGAAGUGUAACCGGUACUGGUGUUUUACAAAUGUAAUCUCAGACUUGCUCUUUAUUAAUUAGGCGCUUUUGUUAUCGGUUUUUCGGCAGCCACGGUGGCGGUUUUUUUACAGUAUGACGGUGUUAUGACGUUCCUCUGGAGAAAACAGCUGACAGGUUGUGAAAUUUACGGUUGACGGAAGAUUUCCAAGCAAGUCCAAGAUGAGUUCUCAGGACGUACUGAAGAAUGCGUCCACUCUGGCGUCCUAUAAUGUGUUGCUACAGGUGAUGUUCCGUGUCCUCACCUUCUUGCUGAAUGCAUUCACACUGCGGUUUGUGUCCAAAGAGCUGAUUGGGGUUGUCAAUGUCAGGCUCACACUGCUCUACUCCACGCUAGUGUUUUUAUCCAGAGAAGCUUUCCGGAGAGCCUGCCUGAGCGGGGUAUCUGGCAUAAACCACAGCUGGAGACAAGUGAUCAACCUGCUGUGGCUGACGUUGCCGCUGGGUGUGUUAUGGGCAGCCCUGCUAGCCUGUGUGUGGCUGUGGCUUCUGGAGGUCCCAGACCCCCAUGCUGUCCCUUACUACAGCCCUGCUGUGGUGUUGUUUGCCUUGUCAGGAGUGCAAGAGCUCCUGGCAGAGCCCCUCUGGGUGCUGGCUCAGGCGCACAUGUUUGUCCGACUGAAGGUGGUAGCUGAGAGCUUAGCGAUGAUUGCAAAGUGCAGUGUAACUGUGGUGCUUGUGGUGUUUGCCCGUGAAUGGGGCCUUUACAUCUUCUCUGCUGCUCAUUUGGUUUACACAGGUUUCUUGGUGCUGUGCUAUGCUGUUUACUUCAUACGUUUCCUGGGCUCUAAAGAGGCCGCCAAGGAGAGCUUUCCUCUCUGCCGUGUUGGCGAUCUCUUGCCUUGUAGAGCUGAUGGAGAGCCGCUGGUUGAUUGGACUCUGGCGCGGCUCACGUGGAGCUUCUUCAAGCAGUCCUUCCUGAAGCAGAUCCUGACAGAGGGGGAGCGCUACGUCAUGACCUUCUUGAACGUCCUCAGCUUUGGAGACCAGGGAGUUUAUGACAUCAUCAACAAUCUGGGCUCCAUGGUGGCCCGCUUCAUCUUCCUUCCCAUCGAGGAAAGCUUCUACAUCUUCUUUGCCAAAGUGCUUGAGCGAGGACGUGAUGUUAAAAGUCAGAAACAGGAAGAUGUUGCGAUUGCAGCUGAGGUCCUGGAGUGUUUACUGAAACUGGUGCUGGUGAUCGGUCUGAUUAUCACAGUGUUUGGCUAUGCUUACUCUCACCUGGCUCUGGACAUUUAUGGUGGCUCGCUACUAAGCAGUGGGGCAGGGCCAAAUUUGCUGCGAUGCUACAGCUGCUAUGUUCUCUUGCUCGCUGUGAAUGGUGUAACGGAGUGUUUUGUGUUUGCUGCCAUGAGCCAAGAGGAGGUUGACAAGUAUAAUCUGGUGAUGCUGGCUCUGUCAGUAUCUUUCCUCUUCCUGUCCUACAUGCUGACGUGGUGGGCCGGUGCUGUAGGCUUCAUAAUGGCAAACUGCCUCAACAUGGGCCUUCGCAUCAUGCACAGCCUGUUUUACAUACACCACUACUUCAAGUCCAGUCAAUGGAAACCUCUGCGAGGCCUGUUGCCCUCUCCGCUUCUGCUGCUGGCACUAGGCGUCAGUGCUGUUGUCACAGCUCUGUCUGAGGGUUUGUUCUGCUGUGAUAGCGGCUGGUUGCUAAGGAUGGUCCAUAUCAGUGUAGGAGCAGCGUGUCUGCUCAUUGUGUUUGUUGCUGUUCUUCUCACAGAGACUCGGCUUGUUCACUUCGUGAGGACUCAGCUCCUGCCCAAGUACACAAAGAAACGCACUUAAAUGUAUGAAAAUGAAGUGGGUGGACUGGACUGGAGGGAAGCUCAUGUGGUGCUUCAAACAGUUUAAACAGCUACUGACUGACGGUUACUGACUGUGUGAAACCAACAAGGGAACAGUUUCUUUAAAGAGACCUCACCUGUGUGUGUGUGUGUGUGUGUGUGUGUGUGUGUGUGUGUGUGUGUGUGUGUGUGUGUGUGUGUGUGUGUGUGUGUGUGUGUGUGUGUGUGCUUGUGCUUGUGUGUGUCCAUGCUUGUGUAUGUUCACUGGAUCAUUCCUGUGUUGGCAUAUACAAGUGUGAACAAACGUGUUGUUAUGGUUUUGGGAUCUAAUUGUUGUUGAUAAAAAAAGAAUGUACUUUAAGAGAACAACUUGCUACAGGAAUAUAUGUUCCUAUGCAAUAAAACAAGGAAACCUAUUUAUAUAUUUGAUCUUAUGAUUAAUUUGAUAAUAAAAAAAUAUGAAUGUAUAAACUGUGUUUACUCAUUCAUAUUUUUGAAUGUAUAAUAUUGUCAAAUGAGGGAGUCCAGGGGUUUUUAAUGCUAUUUAGUAACUGACACAUUCAAAUCUGUUAUGAUGAGACAAGCAAGCUCUUGUGUUGCAGUUUGUAUGUAUGUAUGUACGAUGUCUAUUGAGCUAAAGCUUAUUUUAGGAAUUCAGUCAACUCACAAAAUAUCUGAUCACAUAACCUUUGUUUAUGACAAAGUAAAGUAGCAGGAAUCAUAUUUGUUUUACACCACAAAGAACAGUGGCACAUCUCCACUGUGGUUUGUCAUUUAUAUUUUGUAUACUCUAAAAUGUUUGUGGAUGACUUCAGUGCCGUCUUUGUGUACUGUGUAUACACUUUCAAGGGCAGACAUUCCCAAACUUUUUACCUUGGAUUGCCAGAACAGAAGCUUAAUAGUGGGCCACGAGGGUCCAAGAGCACACACAUACUGUAUUGAAUAUACAUGUAUAUGCCAAAUGUUACAGUGCGGAAGCUCUGGGGCAAAAAUUCUGAAAGACAAAAAUAUAAUAAAAAAAAAAAAUAAUAAUAAAAAAAAAAUACUG